CCCUUGGGCCGACAAGUCGCAGAAAUUCUCGACCGUUCUGUCAACAUCACAUUUAAUUCCACCAAAUUCGGGAUUAUGCGCCUUUGAUCGGCCGUUUCCCGAGGGACAGUUUGAGAAAUUAAGACUUAUUCGAGAUGGCAGGCGUGAUCAGCUUGGUCGCGUUCCUGCUGUGCUUCCUCCAGAUCAGCGCGGAGUGGAACACCAAGGACUUCAUGAAAAGGGAGCACUCGCUCAUCAAGCCGUACCAAGCUUCCAGUAUGUCCAUUCCCAACUGGGAUUUCAUGGGGAGCACGAUGGUGACCAACAACUACAUAAGACUAACUCCAGAUCUCCAAAGCAAAGAAGGCGCCAUUUGGAACACAGUGCCGUGCUUUGUGAAGAACUGGGAGCUGCACGUGCACUUCAAAGUGCACGGGAAGGGCAAAGAUCUGUACGGAGACGGAUUCGCCAUUUGGUACGCCAAGGACCGCAUGGUCGGAGGGCCAGUCUUCGGCAACCGAGACUUCUUCCAAGGACUGGCCAUCAUCGUUGACACCUACAGCAACCACAAUGGCCCACAUAAUCAUCAGCACCCUUUCAUCUCCGCCAUGAUCAACAAUGGGUCUCUUCACUACGACCACGACAGAGACGGCACCCACACACAGCUGGCAGGUUGCGAGGCCAAGUUGAGAAAUUUGGAGCACGACUCACACAUUAACAUAAGAUACGAAAAAGACACCCUAACCGUUUCGACUGACAUUGAAAACAAAGCUGCGUGGAAAGAGUGUCUUUCUGUCAAGGGAGUUCGCCUCCCUACCGGAUACUACUUUGGCGUUUCGGCAGCCACCGGAGAUUUGUCCGACACCCACGACGUCAUUUCCCUCAAGUUGUACGAACUGGAUUCGUCUGAUGACGUAGGAGUGGAAGAAGACAGGUCAAAAAUCCUGCCCUCGGCAGCCUUUUUUGAAGCUCCUCGGGACCACGUUGAAGACCCGAAACCGGCCUCGAUGAGUGGCAUCAAAAUCUUCCUGCUGAUGUUGCUGGGCACGCUGGCAGUGAUUGCGCUGGUCGUCAUCGGCAUCAUGAUUUACCAAAAGCAGCAGGAACAGUCGAGAAAGCGCUUCUACUGAGAGAGAGACCUGUUGUGUCCGAAUCGAGCCCCAGUUUUUACCACUGACCUUUCCGUAAUUUGUGUGUGCUGCUCAGCUAGUUAAUAUAGCCCUGUCUGUUUUAUGCGUGUGUGACCUGGGCAAUUGGUUGGUUUAAAAGAAAAGAAUUUGAUGAGAAAAACCUCACUUGUAAAUGUACGAAUGUACGAACAUAUGUAUUUGUGUAAUACUUACUAAAAAGCCACCUGCCAUUUUGUUAAA